UGCGCGAAUGAUCGCCAGUAAACUUCCGGUGUCGAAGGGAUGGUGUGUUUUUAGCUCGCGGGGUGCUCGGGAAUUUCCCAGGACUGCUUUUAUACACCUUUGGUCAGUAAAACUGAAAAUAAACGCGUUUCCGCCUCAAUGGGGAGAGCUGGUGCUUCUCCGAGCAGCAAGAUGAAAAUCAAAGUCUAUGUCCGCGGGAGCGCUUAGCUGUUCCGAGUGCCUCGCUCGCAGAAAAUUCGGGGUUCUUCUUCUUUCUUCUUCUUUGCACCCUUAAAAGGGCACACAAACAUCGCCAGCUCGCGUCCGCGGAGAACACUUGAGAGAGCCGCAGCCGUCGUUGUUCUCUCUUCUCCUCGGCCUCUUUUCUUGUGUACUGCAUCAUCAUCAUCAUCAUCAUCAUCCGGAUGGAGGGCGUGCAACGGCAGCAGGGGGUCCACGCGCAGCCCGGGCGAGACGUCGGCGGCACGCAGCGCGCGCGGCCCCAGCUCGGAAUCGGAUGCGCGUUGUUGGAGAAGCAGCAGCAGCAGCAGCAGGAGGGCUGCUCCCGCGGAGUGGAUGCGGCUCCCGCCGAGGACUGGUGCGACAGUGGCUUGGAGAGCUUCAACAGCGGGCCGCUGAGCGCGGACGGCCUCUUUCAUACUAGCACGGAGGGUGGGGGUCCUGCGUGGAAGUCGAGCCCUGACCUGACUGACAGCUGUGCCGUGGUGGGUUCGAGCCCCCGCCUCGACGGACAGCAGCCCGCGGACUCCUCCUGCGUCUCUCUGGGGGGCGGCGAGCGCCUGGAUUCGGCCCUCGGCCACUCCAUAACGGACGAGAUGCUGGGCUGCAUCUCGCAGGGCAUCGGCAGCAUGCAGCUGAGCGAGGACCCCGAGGAGCGCGCUCCCGCGGAGGCGCAGGUGGAGACGACGACGUUCCCGACGCAGGAGAUAUUCAACACCCUGAGCUUCGUGUCGGAGGACGGGGACACAGCGCUCCACCUGGCCCUCAUCCACGAACACUGGAGUUUAGUGCACAAUCUGCUGGGGGUGAUAUCGCUGGACCGCAACUGGACCCCAUACCUGGACAUCCAGAACCAUCUCGGCCAGACGGCACUCCACCUAGCUGUUAUCGUGGACCAGUCGGAAUGCGUGAGGGCUCUGCUGUACGGGGGCGCGAGUCCCGAGCUACAGGAGCGCGGGGGCAACACACCGCUGCACCUGGCUGUGCGUGAGGCCCGGGUGAACUGCGUGAGGGAGCUCGCCUCGGGCAGCCACCGCCCAGACCACCUGCGUGUCACUAACUACUCCGGGGUCAGUGCUCUUCACCUGGCCGUGCAGAAGGGCAAUGAGAACGUUGUCCAAAUGCUGCUGGAUGCAGGUGCAGAUGUCAACCAGAGGGACCUGAGUUCAGGUCGCUCCCCGCUUCACUGGGCCGUGGAGUCGCAGAGCCCGUGGGUGGUGAGACAGCUGCUACGGGCUGGUGCAGCUGUAGACCAGCCCUCAUAUGCGGGGCACUCGCCCCUCUACUGCGCCCUCCACCGGCCCAACAAGGAUGUGCAGGCCCUGCUGCGCGAGGGAGGGGGCACUGACGUGCACAGCCUGGAGGAUGAUGAUGAGGAGGACCUGGAGAGUGAAGAGGAGGAGUUUGACGACUUGAUCAUCAAUGGCCACCCAGUGCUGUAAACAUCAGUAACGUUUCGGAGAUUUGCAGCGUCUUUAAAUUUACUGCUGGUCAAUGCAGCCCUGCAUGUGGUGUGGAGCUGCAGGUGUGUGUGUGUGUGUGUGUGUGUGUGUGUGUGUGUGUGUGUGUGUGUGUGUGUGUGUGUGUGUGUGUGUGUUUCUGCGUAUAGUGAGUAUGAGGAGCAUUGACAAUACUGUCUGGGUGUUGCAGCAGUUUUUGGAGUCUUCGUAACCAUGCUCUCCAGAGGACUGUAUCAUGGUGCCUGGAUGGGGAGGUUGGGAAGCCCCUGGUGGGACCUAUUACUCGUUCAUCAUCCUAACGUCAUCUUAAUGGUGUUUUACUAUGUACUACAUUGUAAUCAGAUUGACAGUGGAAUGUUGAGUGUUUGUGGUAAAGCCGAAGAGAGGGGGAGACUUCUCUCUAUACCUGAGUGACCAUGCUACCUGUGUACAAAAACCCUCUGCAAGACUUCAGAGCUCUUCACUAAGGGGCUCUCGUUUCGUAACGUCGGAAUUAUCUCGUCGAGCCACCUCACGUUGUGGGACUUUUUCUUUUACCUGCUGGAAUUCAAAGAAUGCAAAGUGUUUGCUCAAAUUUUGUUGCAUUUUUCAAGAAUUAGUGGAGACAACUGUUAGUGUAAGUAAAGAAUGUACAGAAAGGGGUAAAGGUACAUUAAAGUGAUGGAAACAUUUGGUAAGGUUGGAGGACAUAUUAGUGAAAUGCUGUACUCACACUUCAGUCAUUGAAUUGGAUUACAUACAAUUCUUUGAUUAAAUAAAUGCAUAAUUUAAAGAAAUACUGUCUGCAUAUAUGCGUUAUUUUUUCGUAUUAUGGUAAUCUAGAGGACAGCCCUUGUAAUAGUGGGAGGCUGAACAGGUAUUAAAUGACUAUAUAAACAUGAAUUGCUUCUGUCAUUUUCAACCCCC